AUGUCCACCGACAUCACUGUGAAACAAGAAGACGUGCCCUUCGAUGCCUCGUUCAAGUCUACUUUGCCUCCGAGAAAGCGGGCUAAGACUGAGGAGGAAAAGGAACAACGUCGAGUGGAACGGAUUCUUCGUAAUCGGAGAGCCGCCCACGCUUCACGGGAAAAGAAGAGAAAACACGUCGAGUAUCUUGAGGCCUACGUUCUUGAACUUGAGAACAAAUUACAACAGGUCCAAACGAAUUUCGACGUUGUUUACGCCAAGUUGUCUCCGCAACAGAUUGCUGAUCUUGGUGAGCUCUCGUCUGUGUCGGUGUGUCUGGAUUUGAAGGAAAAGAUUUCCACUAACCUCACUGGGUCCAAAAAAAUUGAAGUGAAGGAAGAAUUUAUUCCGUCCCCUAUGGAGACGCCUUCAAACAAGCGAACUUAUGAUGAAGUUGCCGCUGCAGAUGAUGAAGAUUCGAUGUCUGUGCAGGAUACUACCUACUACAACUACUUGUCGCCGGUGUCAAUUAAUUCGCCUAUCAAUUCCCCAAUCGAUUUGACCUUAACUCUGAAUCCCGAGUCGUUAAGUCCCGAGAACUCGUAUGGUUUAAUGGAGCAAAGUUCAGCAGUAACUUUGUGCCAGGAAUCACCAUCGCUCUGCUUGUCUUGUCCAGUAUCUGUUUUCGAUAAAGUUGCCGGGCGGCCACUUUAUGUGAAAUCAGAUAUCUGUUGA